AUGAGACGCAGCCUACACUUCAAACUUGAACUGAGACAAGAUUGGCAACUGCAAAUUCCAAACCAGGAAGAGAAACAACGACUCGUGUUUGAACAAAAGAAGCACCAGCCAAUGGAAGAAGAAGAAAUUGACUUCUCAGAUGGUCAACAUGGACCACUAUUCAACAAUAAUGCCAAAAGCGAUGUUGCAAACAUGAAGCUGAAUCGGGAUUUACAGUGGCGAGAUCUCGCAUUGCAAGUGACAGAAAAUAUAAUGGAAAAUAUGGCGGAGAACGAAGAACCAAAGAACUUCCAAGAAGCAUGGAAUCACCCAGACGAAUAUUAA